CCUGGUCGUCCUCUGCAGGCCUGCUGCUCUCUGCUGCAGAGAGAGGCUGCGUGACGUCAGCGAAGGCUGGAACGGUUCCUUGGUUGAAGCAGAAAAAAAAAAUGGGGAGAAGAUUGCGAGGACCUCAAGCAGGGGAACAAUGACAGAUGAAGUAAAAAGACAAGUUGAAUGUUGCCACUAUGUGUGCUCAUAUGACUGAGCUGGGCUCUUCCAUAGGACAUGGGAUCUCUCUUCCUCCUACUGACUUGCCGUUGUCACCCUGUUGCCAUGUUUUCACCAUGAGAGGAUCUGACACAUGCUUGACCUCUGUGCCCUCAUACUGGCGCUACCGUUGUGCCGCAUGAGCGCCUCUUCUCUUCCGGCAGUUACUGCACGGAAUGGCCUCUCUGGACCUGCCGUACCGCUGUCCUCGCUGCGGGGAGCACAAACGCUUCCGAAGCCUGUCGUCAUUACGUGCACAUCUGGAGUACAACCACACAUACGAGACCCUCUACGUCCUCUCCAAAUCCAACAGUGUAUGUGACGCUGCUGCUCUGCUGCCGCUAGUGGCUGAGGGAGCUAUCCUUGCACCUGCCAACAACAACGACCCUUUUGAGCCGCUGCGGCCGUCAGCUUUAAAGGAGCGUCACUUCCCUUGUCGUGAGCUUCCUUGUGCGGACGACCUGAGUUUGACCCCUGCUAACUCCAACACUGCAGCCCGGUAUAUUCCCAAUGUAGAGUUUCCCCUGGGGGAGAUUUUUAUGAAAAAAGCCAUGACAUCCGCAGACCCCGGUCCCCACGGAAACCCCAGCACAGCUGUAGCAGUGGCAGCUAAUGUGGCGGCAAGUGCAGUAGAGGCGGCCUAUGAAGAGGGCCUGGCCAGGCUGAAGGCUAGGGCGUUUGAACGGCUGGAGCUGGAUGAAAGGCUGGAGAAGCUGUCUGAAGAGGUGGAGCAGAAAAUAGCGGCCCGCGUAGGUCGUCUUCAGUCAGAGCUGGAGAGGAAGAGCUCAGAGCUGGAGCGGGCCAAGCUGGAGAGCGAACGGCUGAGCCAGGAGAAGCAAGACCUGGAGGACAAGGCCUCGGAGCUCUCUCGGCAGGUGGAUGUCUCUGUGGAAAUGCUAGCCAACCUCAAACAGGAUCUAGUGAACAAGGAGCAGGAGCUCAAUCACAAACAACAGGAAGUUGCCCAGAUUGAUCAGUUCCUUCAGGAGACGGCGGCACGUGAAGCCAAUGCCAAGGUGCGGCUACAGCAGUUCAUCGAGGAGCUACUGGAUCGAGCAGACCGCGCCGAAAAACAGCUGCAGAUCAUCAGCAGCUGUGGCACCACACCGAACGGCAGCCUGGGCCGCUGCAGCCUGCAGGCCUCAAAGGGCAAUGGACGCCAGAGAAACUCCAGCAACUCUGGGAGUACAAGAGGCAUGUACCAAGUGUCAGAACGACGUUCGUCCCCCAGCACAGGAGCAUCAGGGCGGAUCAAGUCUGUCUCACAGGGCUCUGGAGGUUACGACAGUGACAGCGUGGAGAUGCAUCCCAUGGAGGACUGUCCCGAGGCUCAGUUCUAUCAAAUGCAGUGCCGGCUGGGUGAGGGGGGUUACGAGCGCUCCCCUGGGUGUGGCGGUGGUGGAUCGCGGAACUGGGGUCUUCGUAAACAGGCUAUCCAGAACUGGCAGCGGCGACCUUACAGGAACAGCACUGAAGGCGAGGAAGGAGACGUAUCAGAUGUGGGCUCCAGGACCACGGAGUCUGAGGUGGAGAUGUGGGAACAAGAGAGGAGAGCUGUGGCUGAAGUCCAGCAGUCUGCCCCUCCAUAUUCUCAGCACAGCAGGCCAGGAUAUCGCCCUAACACAGGUCGGUCAGAUGGAGUCUACAACAAGCCAUGCCGCCAUGAAAAGAGCCCGUCAAAAUCCAACGAGGUGAUCAGUCCAGAAAUCCUGAAGAUGCGUGCAGCUCUCUUCUGUAUCUUCACCUACCUGGAUACUAAAACCCUGCUGGGAGCGGCUGAGGUCUGCCGUGACUGGAAGUUUGUGGCUCGUCACCCAGCUGUGUGGACCAGAGUCCUGCUAGAGAACGCUCGCAUAUCCUCCAAGUUCCUGAGCACAUUGUCUCAGUGGUGCACCCAGACACAUUCCCUCAUCCUGCAAAACCUCAAACCAAGACAGCGGGGCAAGAAGGAAACCAAGGACGAGUACCUUAAAACCACACGUGGCUGUCUGGAGGAAGGUCUGGAGGCGUUGUUAAAGGCCACAGGAAGUAACCUGCUGAUACUGAAGAUUUCACACUGCCCCAACCUGCUAACCGAUCGCUCCCUCUGGCUGGCCAGCUGCUACUGCCGAGCUCUGCAGGCUGUGACCUACAGAAGUGCCACAGAUCCAGUUGGCCAGGAGGUGAUCUGGGCCCUCGGAGCAGGUUGUAGAGACAUCAUCUCCCUACAGGUGGCGCCGCUACACCCAUGCCAACAACCAGCCCGUUUCAGUAACCGAUGCCUGCAGACAAUCGGAAGAUGUUGGCCGCACCUCCGUGCUCUUGGUGUAGGCGGGGCUGGAUGUGGCAUUCAGGGACUGGCCUCUCUCUCAAGGAACUGCAUGCGCCUGCAGGUGCUGGAGUUGGAUCAUGUGAGUGAGAUCAACCAGGAGGUGGCAGCAGAGGUUUGCAGAGAGGGCUUGAAAGGUCUGGAGAUGCUGGUGCUCACCUCCACACCAGUCACCCCCAAAGCCCUGCUCCACUUCAACAGUGUUUGCCGCAACCUGAAGUCUGUCGUGGUUCAGAUUGGUAUAGAAGACUACUUUGAGGACCCCAACAGCCCUGAAGCUAGAAAACUGUUUGAUGAGAUGGUUAACAAGCUUCAGGCUCUGAAGAAGAGACCCGGCUUCUCCAAAAUCCUACACGUAAAAGCAGACAGUCUCUGCUAACAUCUUUUGUGCAGAUUUUUCAAGUCUUGUAGAGGGGGCAUCUUGGCUCCAGUCAAUCAAAAAGACCCAGCUGUUUUGAGCCCGCUCCACUGGUUUGAAUACGUCUGCCGAAACAACAGAUGAUUGCCACGAUGAACCAGGACCAAGGCUCAAUGUGCAUACAAGUACAAACUUCAAACAGAAAAAAACUCAUUCACUAUUCCAGUAAGGGGAAAUAAAUAUCUCUUUCAUGUGUCAUUAUGAUUGAAAUCAGUUGGGAGGCUUAUUUGGACAAACAAUGGCAGUAUAUAUACAUAUAUAAGCUUACAGACUCAAAUAAGACAACAAUCUGUCAGAUUCCACUUCCUCGUUUUCUGCUUUCACCAUACAAAUGGAUUGUUCAUCGUACAGAGCCAAAUCCCUUUCUUGAAACGCCUGGAGCCAGGUGACAGCACUGUAUUUAACUGUCUGCAUCUCCACAAUGCUUGACAUAUACUCAAGACCGCCUUCAACACCAACAGCUCGUGGGCAGUAACACAUUGUAAAGGGUACAUACUUUCCACAGGAAGUACAUGGAAUCGUGGCAGGAGUAAGAAAGUACAGAGAAAUUGAUUUCCCUAAGCGAUCUUGAGUUCUUAAGAGUCUUGAGAAAGGAGCUUUAUGUUUGUGUGUGAGUCAAGGAUUCAUUAAAUGGUUUUCCAUCUUGACGUUCUGCUUUCAUCCAGGACAGAAACAUGCUGCACCAGCUCCAGGCACUGGAGAGAGCAAGGACAGCCUCGCUGUAACACACAGACCUUGACAGUCUCCUAAGCCAGUUGCAUGGCAGCGAUGCAUUUACCCUCUUCUACCAUCUUCUCUGCUUCCCAUAUGUGAACAGCAUCAUAUCACAAAUCUGGAUGCAGUUUUUUUUGGAUAGUUGUAGUAACUCUGAGAGAGCAAGACGCAGUAUCUGAUGCUGCUCAUUGACAAGGCUGGAAAAAUGAUCCUAAAUGCAUUUUCUCAAAAACUGGUGCCAUUUGUAACAGUGUGUGUCCUCCUUCCAGUGAGCAUUUUCUCCAAUGUGCCAUUAAUGAGGGAAGAGGGACCAUGUACAGUAAGGCAGAUGCUUAACCUCUUCAAAUCAAGUGUAACUUGUUGGAGUUUGAUUUGAGUGUAAGCAGCUUACUGAGCAUAAGGGUGUUGUGUUUCAUCUGGAACAUGGUCUCCAGGUGUAUACAGGUGUUUAAGUGUUUAUAUAUUGGAUGUGACUUUCAUACUUUACCAUACUAAUAACAGUGCCAUUCUUUUUAAUAGUGCUCAUCAUGGCCGAGGCCCUGAUCAAUCCUGAUUUAUAUUUUUUAGCUGAUAUCCUCUGGCUCCCUCUGCUGGUUUUUUCCAAGGAUUUACACAGCCAACAGCCAGCUGGUGUGAAAUAACACUUUGUGCAAGCAAGCAAGCAACAUGUUUUACCUUUACUAUUUUGCAGAACUCAACACAAAGAGAUCAAGUCACCUUCGAAUUAGGGAUUUUGAUUUGAUUCAAUCCAUGGCUACAAUUAAGUUAAGCCCACAUUGCAGAAAUUCUCAAGAUGUAUGGGUAGCAAUAUUUACACUGGUGUACACUCCUCUGUGCUGCAGAUAACUUAAAGGGGGUGUUCCAACUAUUUUACACAUCAAGAUUAGUUUAUCAUUCACAAGGAUUACAACUCAGUCUGUAUAAAAACAGUUGUUAAUGUCUUCUAGCACUGGAGGAGUCAAGUCUGAGAAAAUAACCCUCAUAAUACUUAUCUUGGUUUGGAAACUACAAAUUCAUAGCACAGAAAGCUGUAUUACAAGCUGGGGGGCAUGAAGUUUGAAAAAUGUGGAAAGAUGCAUUUACAAGACGUAGAGGGUCCAAAGAAAAGCCUAUUUAUGGGGAUUUUUGGAGCUGGACCCUUAUAGGGACCAAAAAUCAGGAAUUUUCUGACUUUGCUGCUUUUUUUUUUUUUUUUUUUUUUUUUUUUUAUAAAGUCUCUUGCGAGUGCACAAACAUUAUAAAAGUGCAAUACUGAAUCACUGGAGCUCCUAUUAGCCGCCUAAUAUCACUUCACUUUAAAAGUAAUUGUGCACACAGUUUUGAAACAGGUUGUAAAAUGAUUUACACAUCUGGUGGAACAUCACGUUUCUUUCCUUGCGACACGUUUACCGCAGGUUGCUUAACAAAUUGUUCAUUUAACCUUGCACACCACAUUUGUCUUCACAACACAUGUUUGUGAGCGGAGUGUGCAACAGAGCACAGUGAUAGUUUCCAGGAAUGCUGAGCAGGCGCCUGUCAUAGGGGGCUCUUAAAAAUUCAAAAAGUCACUGACGAGGAGAGCUGUAAGCUGGUCUUUUUGGGGGUUCUCUGCUUUAUUGUCAAAAAAUGUUUAUGAGGACUUGUGUAGCUGCUUAUUGUAGUUAUGAUGUUCCAGGUGAAUGUGUGAGAAUGGUUGUCGGUGUCCAUUUCUUCAUGUUCUUCCAGUACUGAAUAUUAUUAUCCUACACUGAUACUGAUUCAUUUGAGGGAAGUCGGUUUGUGGGAAAGGUGUAACACUUGUCUGACACAAUAGAGAAAACACAAAGCACUUGUUUAUUUUACGUUUUAGACAAUCCUGCCUUCGCUAUCAGCUACUCUGUACAUAAUGUUUGUAAAAAAUCAAACAAAAACAAGAAGAAAAAAGGACCAACAUUUGAUGUUAUAUAAUAUUAAGGUCAUACUUAUGAGUGGAAAAAGUUCAAGUUUACAGGUCUUUAUUCUGUAAGCAUUUUUUUCCCCAAAGUUGAAUGAAAGAUAAACAUAGAGAAUUAUAUUAUGUAUACUAGUAGUGUUGAAAUGCAGUUGUGUAUUAGAUACUUUAUAUUAAAUGUGCAUCAGAGUCAUAUAGAGAUGGAAAUUAUAUAAGAGGAUAAAGAUGAUAAUUCAGCUAUUUAUUUCUAUAAAAAAAGAGCAAUGUGUACAAUGUUGGCAUGUUUGUGUUCGAGCAUCAAUCAUUAAGUUGCCUUCUUAACUGUUCUGCUACUGUGACAAGAAAAUUAUUAGAUGUUUAAAGAGCUUUGAUUGCCUGCAGGUUAAUAAUGUUUCUCUUUAUUUGAUCCAGUCUGUUGUUGCACUAGUGAGAAAAAAAAAAGAUAUUUCAGAUGUUUAUUAUGAGAGUGUUGUUUUUAAUGUUCAGCUAUUUCUCAGUAUUUGACAAAAUAUGAUGCACUUUUUUUCCCUGAACACUUUUAUUGGCCCGCCGGUCAUUGGUUUAGUCAGACACGACGCUGGUUCCUGUCAGCAGAACGCCUGGCGGUGCUUGCUGUUGUGGUACGAAAGCGAUCGUUUGCUUACAUGUUCGGUUUCAUGGAGGACGAUUUUGGAAAUACAGCGAUUACAUAUGAACUUCACUGAACAGAAGUACAGUUUCUCUUCAGUUGGGAAGUUAAACAUUGAAACUGAUUCAACUGCAUUCAAGUGCUUUUUUGGUUCAUUACCAAUAUGACCUUAUGCUCACCUUUGUAUUUGUUAUUUUGUUUUGGUUUUGCAUUAUACUGUAGAUUUCACACUCAUACCAACCGUACAUUUGCUCCAUCGUGAAAAUGGACCUGCUAAAGAUGUAAACUGCAGAUUAGAUGUGCCAAGAAUAAUUUUUGGCUUACAUCUCCAUUCUCUGCCUCUCCAAAUAUAAAGCAGAAUAAUUUCUAAGCUAUUUACUUUGAUUCAGAAACUGAAGCAUCACUUAUAAACCAAGGUGCUUCCUCGUGUUUAUUUUAUCAUUUCAUAAUUUAAAUCAAGUCGUACUCUUCUUCUGUUGCAGUUCCAUAUCAUGUAUCAUACUGUGCAAUUGAAAAACAGUGUCUGAGUGUUCAUGUACCUCUCUGUACAUAUCUUAUGUAUGAAUGAUUGUACUCUGCCCAUUCAUCUGAAUAGUAUUUUACACAUUACCUCAACACUUAUCUGGGCAAUUAAGUGUGCAGUUUGUCUUGUGUAAUCUUUUUAAUUUCUGACUGUCAUCGACAGGUACGCCAAUUGACCCAUGAACUUCAUCCAUGUUGCUAUAACAACAAAAUGUAAAAAAUAAAAAUAUGUUCCCAAAAGAUGAUCAGCCUUCUGCGAUGACUGCAAUAGAUGGAAAUGUUUUACUACUCGUUUUCACUCAUUUGUUGUCAUUAAUAAAAAUUGCUUUAAAUUGUA